GGAGCUGGGCCUAUGUCCUGCUGUCCCUGAGCCAGCAGGAUGGCAUUGAGCAGCACAUGGACUUUGAUGGUCGCUACACCUUGCUGGAGCUGUUUGCUGAGAUGAUGUCUUCUGAAGAGCACUGCAUGUCCUUUGAGGGCAUUCAUCUUCCACAGAUCCCCGGGAAGCUGCUGUUCGUCCUGGUGAAGCGCUACCUGUGUGUCACUUCUCUCAUGGACAAGCUCAGCAGUGGCAUGGAGCAGGGAGGGGAGCAGCAGGACUGCGCCGUGCCCGGGCUGCUGACUGAGGAGAGGAGCCGUGUGAAGCAGGAGUUUGAGUUCAGCAUGGCUAUGGCAAACCUCAUCUUGGAGCUGGUGCACGUGAUGGGCUGGGACCACAGCCACGAGCCAGAGCUGCUGCCCCAACAGGAGCUGUGGCCUCGCACCACCCACUCCAUCUUCCAGCCCAAGACCCCAGCCUGCACUGCUGCCCAAAUGCCUGUGCUCGCUUCAAAUCAUGGUCUGCACAAAAAGCAGGGUCGUGCUUUCCUGACCCCGUCAGACUUCAAAGACCGCAGUGGCUACGUGGAGUACUUACAGGCAAACCUGGUGCGUGGCAUGAAGGUGCGCUUGCUGGAGGACUGUGGUGGUGUUAGAGCUGGGGAGGAAGGCGAGUUUCUUCACAGCACUAAUAGCAUGCACACAGUGCAG